AAAUGUAAAGAAGGCCAGGCCACAAAGCGUGUUGCUACAUUACGUCAUUGCAACAUUAAUGGUUCAUUAGAGCUUAAAUGGUCACACUUCACAGCUCAUGGUCAUGCAGCAUACUAGCUCCAAUGAUGUUAUAGUGUAAUGGUAUCGUACUAGGAGCACUAUAAGCAAAUUUAAUACUAAGCAAUCAAAGUCAAUAUAAUAGGACCAAUGAAUUUUGCUUGGAAUGUAUCAAAAUCACUUUGUGGGAAAAGCUACAAAUCAACAGCGGCAGCCACCUCCCUUAAAUCAAAAUAUGAUGCAAUUGUAGUUGGUGCAGGGCACAAUGGUUUGAUAUCUGCUGCAUAUCUGCAGAAGGCUGGUCUCAAUGUACUUGUACUGGAACGAAGACACGUGAUUGGUGGGGCUGCAGUCACUGAGGAAAUUGUACCAGGUUUUAAAUUCUCCAGGUGCUCGUAUGUUCUCAGCUUGUUAAGACCUCAAAUUAUUCAAGAUUUGAAGCUAAAGGACUUUGGCCUAAAACUGUAUUUUCGCGAUCCGAAUUAUUUUACGCCGUUGGCAGAUGGUCGCUACCUGUUGUUGGGAUCAAAUGAUGAGAAAAAUUGCGAACAAGUUUCCAAAUUUUCCCAUAAAGAUGCCGAGAUGUUGCCGAAAUACGAGGCUACCCUUGGUAGAUUAGUCGAAGCAAUCGGCCCGUUCCUUGACAAUCCACCAUUGGACAUCAAUGCUUUGGUUCAUGGCUCGCUGCGAGAGAAAAUGAACACAUUGCCUUCAUUAAAAGCUUUGAUGAAAACAGUACGGAAGCUUGGUAAAGAUCUACCCUUGUUCUACGACCUUCUCACGGCUCCUGCUACAAAGGUUUUAGAUAAAUGGUUCGAGUCCGAACCUCUGAAGGCUUGCUUGGCCAUGGACUCCAUCAUUGGAGCGACCGUCAGCCCUUCGACUCCCGGCAGUGCAUAUGUUCUUUUGCAUCAUGUAAUGGGGGAACUUGAGGGACACCCGGGGGCAUGGGCGUACGUCGAGGGUGGUAUGGGGAAACUCUCUCAAGCAAUCGCAGACUCGGCGACUUCGUUGGGCACAACAAUAUUAACGAAUACGCCUGUGAAAUCGUUUCUUUUGCAAAAUGAUUCACCCUCGUCCGUGUCUGGUGUGGUACUGGAAGACGGUACAGAGAUUACGUCAGACAUCGUAUUGUCAAAUGCGACCCCCCAAAUCACAUUCCUGGAUCUUCUACCGCAGGGAGUUUUACCAAAGGAACUUGAGAAAGAUAUAUCAUGUUUAAACUAUGAUUCGCCUGUCACAAAAAUUAACGUUGCCGUUGACAAGUUACCGAACUUUUUGGCGCGACCGAAUAAGGAAAACGGCGAGGCGUCAGAACAUCACAGAUGUACAAUUCAUAUUAAUACGGAGUCGAUGGACACAAUAGAGAAAGCUUAUACGGACUGCUUGCAAGGAAAACCUUCAGACAGACCAUUAAUCGAAAUGUGUAUUCCGUCAUCCCUGGAUCCGACGCUAGCUCCCCCUGGCUGUCACGUGUUAUCCCUCUUUGUCCAAUAUACCCCGUAUAAUCUCAAAGAUGCCACGUGGACGGACGAAAUACGCAAUGCUUUCGCUGAUAAAGUAUUCGACAGUAUCGAGGAAUACGCGCCAGGAUUUAAAUCCUCAGUCGUCGGUAGGGACAUUCUAACGCCGCCUGAUUUGGAGAAAACAUUUGGCCUCACUGGAGGGAAUAUAUUUCAUGGCGCGAUGUCUCUAGACCAGUUGUAUUUUGCGAGACCGGUACAAGUCCUCUCCAACUACAGAACUCCUGUCAAAGGACUGUAUUUAUGCGGCAGCGGAACUCAUCCUGGAGGAGGAGUAAUGGGGGCCUCUGGAAGAAAUGCGGCGAACACCGUACUCCUCGAUCGAAAGAAAUAAUAGAUGGUGAAUAUAUACAUUGUAUGUAGUUCCACGCCAUUCAUAUUAAAAGAUCAUUCAAUACUAAAUCGAACAAAGUGUACACUGAUAGAAAAGCAUUAUAC